UUGACAAUAAAAAUACGUUGUCUCGUGUGCCGCAUUUGCGUAACGAAGUUUGACUUAACUGUUUGAAAUUACAAAUUGCAGCCAGAAAAGACAGCAUGGUGUUGACUAGAGAAUAUCGUGUCUGCAUGCCCCUGACGGUGGAAGAGUACAAAAUUGGACAACUUUAUAUGAUAGCGCGCCAUAGUCUGGAGCAGUCUGAGGCGGGUGAAGGGGUUGAAGUAGUAGAGAAUAAACCGUGUGAAGAUCCAACACAUGGCAAGGGACAGUAUACUGAGAAGCGCAUACAUUUGUCCAGUCGCCUGCCGUAUUGGAUACAAGCCAUAUGCCCAAGAGUGUUCUAUGUAACGGAAAAAUCUUGGAAUUAUUAUCCAUACACACUAACAGAGUACACGUGCUCCUUCAUACCCAAGUUAAAUGUGACUAUCAAGACCAGAUAUGAAAACAACAAUGGGAGCACAGAUAAUUGUUUGGAUCUCAGCGAGGAGGAACUCAAAGCGCGCGCAGUGGAUCAUGUGGAUAUAGCUUUUGAUGAUCUCACUGGCAAGCAUUACAAGCGCGAGGAAGAUCCGAAGUUCUUCAAGUCCAUAAAGACAAAUCGCGGUCCGCUUAUUGAGGGCUGGCGCGAGACAGACACGCCCAUAAUGUGCUCCUACAAGGUGGUGCAUGCCAGCUUUGAGGUCUGGGGACUGCAGACCAAAGUGGAAGACUUUAUACAGCGCGGUAUACGGGAUAUAUUGCUGCUAGGACAUCGUCAGGCAUUUGCAUGGAUAGAUGAAUGGCAUGGCAUGACGCUGGAGGAUGUGCGCGACUAUGAGCGUCAAAAGCAGGCGGAAACAAAUGAGAAGGUCGCAGAGACUGUAGCCGUCCCCGAAGCUAAUGCAGCUGUCGCUGCUGACGCUGAAAAGUAAACAGUAGCCGAGCAUAUUGUAUAAACUGCAGUUAACUAGAUAUACUUUGUGAAUGUUAAACCAAAUUUAUAGCAGACAGCUUGUACCUUAAAUAUCACAUACAUACAUAUAUAUAUAAAAAUGUAUAUAUCAAUGUAAUCAUAAUGGUCCAAAGAAGCUCAGCAAGCUACAACUGCCUCGCAAGCCGAUUAACUACAAAGUACUCGAAACCAAAAUAGGCAAAUUAAGAACAA